AUGGAGCUGGGGAACGUCUCACAGCCUGUGUACGGCCCUGGUCCCGAGGCGCCGGGGAGCAGCACCCCAGGCUUGGUGCGGAUGGUGCACAGCUUCCUGCGGCUGGUGCAGCCCAACGCCCUGCCCAUAGAACUGAUCGCAGAUUUUGGGCGGUCCCAGAGUGAGGAGGCCAUUGGGGAGCAAGUUCAGGAGCUGCUGUUCUAUGAAGUGGGAUUCCUGGUCUGCAUUGCCAUCGGGCUCCUCUUCAUCCUUCUCGUGCCGCUGGUGGGAUGCUGCUUCUGCUGCUGCCGCUGCUGCGGGAACUGCGGGGGCCGCAUGUACCAGAAGCAGGGCCGGCGGAUGGGCUGCCAGCGCCGGGCGCUCUGGGCCUGCGUCCUGCUAGUCUCUGCUCUCCUGCUCGCUGGCAACAUCUGUGCCUUCAUCAGCAACACUCGCUUCUCCCAGGCUGUGCACGGCACCUUUCCCAAUGUCAACAACACCCUGGACAACAUCCACACCUAUGUGACCUCCAUCCCCCAGCAAAUCAGUUUUAUCAUCCACAGCAGUGAUGUCCCACUGGGCCACGCCAACCGCAGCCUCCAGGACAUUGGGCCCAAUCUGGGCGGCACGAUCCUCUCAAGCAUCAGGAGCAGCACAGAUGGGGCUCUGGGAUCCCUCCAGAGCCUUUUGCAAGGGAUGGAGAUGCUGGCAGCCACCUUCAGUACCAUCGCCUUCAACUGCUCACACCUCAAGGAGCUGCAGAGUGACUACAGCCCGCGGCUGGCUGGCCUGCGGGACAGCAUCAACCAGACCCUGCGGCGCUGUGGCACCCCCUGUGACACUGUGUCCCCGGACGGCCUCACCUUCAGCACCAACUUUAGCACGAUCCCCAGUGUGGAGCAGCAGCUGAAGGCAUUGAAUGAUGUGUCUGGCUCCAACAUCGUGGCUGAUUUGGAGAAGGUUAACAGCACGCUGGACAUGAUUCCUGCCAAGGUGAAAGAGCAGUCCCAGGAUGUGGUGACAAAGGCCCAGGACCAGCUGGGCCUCAUCAGGCAGGAGAUCAAGAGCUUGCAGGAGCAGUUGCCACUGCUGGAUGUGGAGAAGAAUGUCAAAGCCUUUGUGGGCAACACCAUGUCGAUGCUGGAGGAGUACAGGGAACCGAUUAUCGCCUUGGAUGUGCUCAGGUGGAGCGUGUGUAUCCUCUUGUGCUGCAUGGUGCUGCUGGUGGUCCUCUGCAACAUCAUCGGGCUGCUGCUGGGGCCCUUGGGGCUGAAGGAAAGCGUGCUGCCCACGCAGCGCAGCUGCCUCUCCAAUGCCGGCGGGAACUUCUUCAUGGCAGGGGUCGGCUUCAGCUUCAUCUUCUCGUGGCUGCUGAUGCUGGUGGUGCUGAUCACCUUCGUGCUGGGGGGGAACAUCUACGUGCUGGUCUGCGAGUCCUGGCGCAGCCAGCAACUCUUCCAGCUCCUGGACACCCCUGGCCUGAUCCCUGGCUUCAACCUGUCAGAGCUGCUGGGCCAGGAGGGUGGCACAACAAACUUCUCAGAGAUGUACAGGCAAUGCCAGCGAGAUGCUGCCCUGUGGCAAACACUGCAGCUAGACCAGAGCGUGUCCCUGGACGAGCUCUUGAACAUCAGCCAGUAUACAACAGAGAUCUCCACGGCCUUCGAGAAGAUGGACAUCUCCUUGAGCCCCAUCUCCCUGCUCAACCAGAGCCAGAGAAACUUGCUGCUGACUGCCAGCCAGAAGGGGCAGCCCCCCGACUUCACCUCCACCCUGGAGCAGCUGGAUCAGAACGUGACCCAGGGAAGCCUCCUAGACCUGGCCGCACGGCUGGAGCAGCUGGCAGACAAAGUGGAUGUGGAGGUGAAAGAGGACCUGAAGGCUGACGCUCGCAAGCUGAGGGAGCUGGACAAGGAGGUGCAGACAAGCUUCUCUGGGCUGCUGCAAAACCUGAAGGAGAACAUCCAGUCAGUGCAGAACGGGGCUGCCAAGCUUGAGGCACAGACAAAAGCUGCGCUGGACAAAGCCAACAAAACACAGGAGUUUCUGGACAGGGAGACUGCAAACAUCAUCAAGAAUGAGACGUGGGCCUUCCUGGAGAAGCUGUUGGACUUCCUUGAGACCUACAUCUUCUGGGCCAAGAGCAGGCUGACGGGAGAUGUGGCACGUUGCAAGCCAGUAGCUCAGACCCUGGAUAACGUGGAGGCCAUUGCCUGUGACUACAUUCUGGACUCUCUGAACGCCUUCUGGUUCAGCCUGGGCUGGUGCACCUUCUUCCUGCUGCCCAGCAUCAUCCUGGCAGUCAGACUCGCCAAGUUUUAUCGCCGCAUGAACAUCGCCGAUGUCUACAGGAAUGAAGCCUUGGAGAUGCCACCCACGUUCAACUUCUACAAAAUCCCCCGGCCGUCCACAAGGCAUUAG